AUGGCGAAAAGGGUCGGCUUUUGCAUUUUGUUCACUUUACUGUGGCCCAUACUCAUAAAUGGACGAUUUCAUUUGAAAAACGUGGUCUGUGAGUCCUUGGACACUUCGUAUUCGGACUUUAAACAGUGCGAAAUGAAGGUCAUUAGACGGGGCGUGUCUGCCUUUUAUAUGGUCUGGAAGAUUUAUUCGGUGCCAAUUGCCAAUGUCGAUGUGAACUUGUCUCUCUUCAAAAGAUCGAACGGAUACCGCCCCUUUCUGUUCAAUCAGAGCCUGGAUUAUUGCUACUAUAUGCGCAAUCCUCUGGCUUAUCCAUUAAUUAACAUGGUACACGGGUCAUUUUUAGCUACAUCAAAUAUAAAUCAUUCCUGCCCUUAUGACCAUGACAUGAUCAUUAAAGAUUUGUUCUACCAAGAGAACGCUCUUCAGGAUCUGCCCGUACCCAAUGGUGAUUAUAUGAUACAAAUAAAAGUGGCGAUGGAUAAGAAGUAUCGUGCUUGUUUUAAGGUUCAUGUAAGCAAAAUUGACUAA